AUGCCACAAUUAGAUACAUCCACUUGAUUUACUAUAAUUAUCUCAAUAAUCCUAACUUUAUUUAUUCUGUUCCAACUAAAAAUUUCAAUGCACUAUUACCCAGAAAACCCAGGACCUAAGCCCACCAAAAUAAUUAAUCAACACACCCCUUGAGAAAACAAAUGAACGAAAAUUUAUUCGCCUCUUUCACUACCCCCUCAAUAA